UUCUGUUUUCUUGCCUCCAUGCACAUCCUCGAUUCUUCCUCGGUGCGCGCUCCUGUGGUCGGAGGGGCGAUUGAAUGAGGAGGAGGAGGCGGAAGAAAACAACGAUACAGCGGUGCGGCGGCCUCCUCCUCUGUAACCAACCUAUCUUAGAUAUUUAUUGUAGCUGGGUCUGUUUGGAUCCCCACGAGUGGAGUUUGAGGGCUAGGGCGUGACAGACUGUGACAGGAGGAGGUGUAUGCUCCGGUACGGUGUGUAGGAGCUGUGUUUGUGUGUCGGGAAGGAGAAGCGGCAGCGCCGGGCUGUGGUUAUGGAGGAUAAAACGUUUACCAAAGAGCUGGACCAGUGGAUUGAGCAGCUCAAUGACUGCAAACAACUGAAUGAGACCCAAGUGCGCACACUUUGCGAAAAGGCUAAAGAAAUUCUCACAAAAGAGUCAAACGUUCAGGAUGUUCGCUGCCCUGUCACAGUCUGUGGAGAUGUCCAUGGCCAAUUUCAUGAUCUUAUGGAGCUCUUCAGGAUUGGGGGGAAAUCUCCAGACACCAACUAUCUUUUCAUGGGAGACUAUGUAGACAGAGGAUAUUACUCUGUAGAAACAGUGACUCUUCUCGUAGCAUUAAAGGUGCGCUACCCAGAACGUAUCACAAUAUUAAGAGGCAAUCAUGAAAGUCGACAAAUUACACAAGUGUAUGGUUUUUAUGAUGAGUGCCUAAGAAAGUAUGGAAAUGCAAAUGUGUGGAAGUAUUUCACAGAUCUAUUCGAUUAUCUGCCCUUAACAGCUUUAGUAGAUGGUCAGAUUUUCUGCUUGCAUGGAGGACUAUCCCCGUCUAUAGAUACACUGGAUCAUAUUCGAGCUUUGGAUCGUUUGCAGGAAGUUCCUCAUGAGGGACCUAUGUGUGACCUUCUGUGGUCAGAUCCAGAUGAUCGAGGUGGUUGGGGUAUAUCUCCAAGAGGGGCUGGGUACACAUUUGGACAGGACAUUUCUGAAACUUUUAACCAUGCCAAUGGUCUUACCUUGGUAUCAAGAGCCCACCAACUUGUAAUGGAGGUAAAUCUGCUUUGUUAA